AAAAGUUUACAAUAUUUGCAAUAAAGUAUCAUACGGAGAAUCGGCGAGAAAUUAAAAAGCUGAUAUCUGGGAUGUUUCAUUGAGUUAUAUUAAUUACAUCGUUGGAUGAAGAAGUUGACCUUGAAUUUCAUGGACAAACGUUAGUUUGAGAAAAGUACGUGCCAAGUUUCACACAUGUCAAACACCGACGAAAAACAACAACAGAUUAAAUUGUUACCACGGCAACGUUAACGGGAAAGCGGAUUCUCGCCAACCCAACUUGGACACUGACGGUUUAGAGAAGCUCAAAACACAUGGAACCUGGCCCAACAAUAACAGUGUUUAUUUGGGAGAACGGUUAUAUAUUUGAACACUAUCACAUUGGGAAAUGAAGUCGGCUAUCAAUUCCUAGGGUAGACAUAUGAACAUGAAUUACACAAUAUACAGAAACGAAUAGCUUAAUGUUUUUAAUUUGGGUUUAGACAAUGAUUAUUCAAAGAUGAAGGCAUUUAUAUUAAGUUUUAAUUAAAUAAAUGUUACAAGCGAUGGCACAGUACGUUGAAUAUUUAAAUAACAAGUUCUAAUCAAUAAUAAAUCGUGUUUUCACUCGUUUGGUCGUUGCUAUUUAUUUGUGAACCAUAAUAGUGGCUUGCCACCUGCACUGAACAGCUCUCUCGAGCCAUUCUGUUCAUUAACAUGCGGCGUUGAGCAAUUUCCGUAACACGACUGUAGUAAAAUAUGUUUCAUUCAAUGCUUGUGUUUUUGGCGGAAUUCUUGAAGCAAAAAUGUACAUUUUCACCAAGAUGUAUCCGGCUUGGCUUGUAAUCGUCUUCCAAGGAGUGCUAUGUUGCUACUGUCAAGAGGGAGACCUAACAAGAUAUCUUCUGAAUACUACACGUUACAGCAACAAGUUUAGACCGGUUUUAGAUGAUAAUGACACCAUAGAAGUGAAGCACAGUUUGAUUCUUCACCGGAUUGUUAAAGUAGAUGAAAAACAUCUGAAGAUCGAUUUAGAUGUAAGAAUUAAAAUGCAUUGGAGAGAUAUGCAUCUGAGAUGGACUCCUUCAAAAUAUGACGAAAUAAGACAGAUUAACAUAGAUGAUACUGAUAUAUGGACACCGCGUAUCAUUUUAUACAACAAUGCCGACUUUGAUGAUUCGGACACAAAUCCUUUCAAAGCUACCGUGACAUAUGAUGGGAAUGUUUCGUGGGUUGUUCCCAUGACUACUAUGAGCUCCUGUCAAAUAAGCGUGGAGAACUUUCCGUUUGAUGAACAGAUGUGCAAAUUAACAUUCGGAUCAUGGAACUACGACAUUACCAAGCUAAACAUUAACGCAGCUAGUGACACUGUCUCCACUCAGCAAUACCUUGCUAACGGAGAAUGGCAGCUGAUCAAUGCUCGAUCUGAACAAAGCCUCAUGUCGCAUUUCUGUUGCAAAGCGAUGGUGUCUGGAGUGUCGUAUGUUCUUCACAUCAGGCGGCUGUCUCAAUUUUACGUCACGAAUUUCAUCACACCGUGCGCACUGAUCGCUGUGUUGACUCUUCUAGUAUUUCUAAUGCCUGAAGAUACUGGCGAGCGGAUGGCAGUCGGAGUAACAAUUCUGCUCUCUCUUGCGGUAUUUUUCUUAAUGGUGGAGGAAAAAAUGCCAGUUUCUGAGAACCUUCCACUGAUUGGUAAAUACUACUGCUCCACAAUAAUAGAGGUGUCCCUGUCACUUGCUGCAAUGUGUUACGUGCUGCGAUUUGUCCACAACCGGCCAUGCGCAUUGCCAGUCUGGAAACGGAAAUACAUACUGGGCUACUUGGCGCGAAUUGUUUUCUACAAAACCGGACAAGAAAAGGCCGAACAAGAAACGACGUCACACAAAAAAGCACAGUCGAACCCUCGGAAUGAAGAAAACGAGAAGGUUGCACGGAGAGCAGUGAACAAGUGGAGAAAACCGUUGCAAGAAAAGAAGUCUGAACUCCCUGUAGCCGAGUCCCGCGCGGUCAAGAUCCUAGCUGACAACGUCAAAGAACAAGAUAAGACGGAUGAACUUAGAGAGGAAUGGGUACUAGCUGCGAAUGUCCUCAACAGAUUCUUUAUUUGGCUGUUUCUCAUCUCAGUCGUUAUUACUCUUAUCGCUGUGUUUGCAGUGGACACAAGAUUUGGAACUUAAACCUGAGCAACACUCUUCCUCCAGUGUUUUCCAGUCUGAAAGUAAUACUCUAGAUUUGAAACAAAUUUACUUUGUGUAAUGGAUUGAAAAG